UUCUCUAAACAGGAAAUGGGAUUCAUCAGAGAAUACAUAGUUAUUAUCAGUUGUAUAAACAGUAGUUACAGUAUUCUGUGUAACAUAUGUAACCUGGGGGUUAAUUAUGUGUUUUGGGGAGUCGAAUGGAAACAGCUACCUCCCUUGUGAUAUAGAAUUGUACAAAAAUAGACUGCUAUACUACCAACGACAAUUUAGCUACAGAGCCAUAUAGUUGAGAUUAACUUUCAGAACAUAUGCCAGACUUUUUUCACUGAUUCAAGGUUUUGUAAACAUAUGCCCCAGUCAAUGGCACUUUAAAAAAAAUGUGGGGGGUACUAUUCCAUAAGUGGUUGCAGGCCUGAAAUAGCCAUGAAACCCCUUAUCAAUACUCAGUGGCAUAUUUUAAACUUCACAGACACUUUUUUUGUCAUUGUGCCAUCUGUUAGUAUACUGGUGCCUUAUAAUUAAACAACAGAAAGUGAAAAGUUUUCCCAAAUGUUAGGCUACUAGUCCUGCAUGUGGCACAUAUCAUUGAUCUCAUCACAUGCUAUGUUAUAAAAUUACAGAGAGACCAGCACUUCCUUAGUCUGGCGAUCAGUCAAGCUAUCCAGUAUACGACUGCCGUGCAGCAUUGCAUCCUUGAAGAAACUUGUACAAUAAUGAGACCUCACUACACCCUGUCAGAAGUGCUCAUUUGUGUGAUUAUUAUUAUGUGCCAUUAAACCUCACACAGAUGCUUCCUGCUGCUGAGCAGUUAGACUGUGUGACUGUGCGAAUGUUUUAUCGCUACCUCUCUCUGGCAUAUAAAUACAUACAGUAAUUCAUAAAAAACAUUCCCUAGUCCAGCAUUCUCAACCUGGAGUCUACCAUCUCCUUGAUUACUUAAAUGCUGCAGUCAGUUUGCAUCCUUCCCUUUCCUGUAAAUUGAAUGUUUGCUCAUUGUCUGCAAAUCAGGAAGACACACAGACGUGAAUGCUUUAGUUUGCCUUUGUAAACUGCGAUCUGCUGUAUGCCAGCCUGAAAGAGUCCCUUAUGAGAUUAAGCAUUACAAUAUUUUCUCAAACUGAAAACAAUGUUUAUAAUUAUCCUUUUCUGAAAGAACCUUUUUAAAUUGUUGUUAAAGUACUUGAGUGGAGACAAAGGCUCCAUUUUCAUCUUACUCACAGAUCUCUUCUUUUUUUAAUUCUAUAAUAUGGUGUAGCAUAACAGAUUAUAAUCUCUUAUUUUUUUAAUUCUGUUAGAUGGCAUGGCAUAAUAGAUUAUAGUACAGAAUUAAAAAUAUUUAGAUGAUGAAUCUCGGACAUCAUAUGUAAAAAGAAAAACAGCAGCAUGACAAAACUGAAAUAGGUUUACAAGAAGCAACACCUUUAGUAGAUUUCCAACAUACACUCUACUAAACAGUUACAAUACAGUAUCCUGGAAGUUAGGAUAAUAUCACAUACCUGAAGCAUGGAUUUCGCCAAAUUAUGUUACCAUUUAGCAAUAAAUCUGGUCAUCUCAGUUCAUCAUCAUACUUGCAUAGGUCAGAUUUUUAAUCCUACCUGGAAACUCAGCUCUGAAGAUAACCAUAUGGUGUCACACUUCUUUACAUUACAGACUAAACUGAUAAAAUAACCACCAUGCAGGACUAAUAUGCAUUUCUUUUAAAGAAAAAUAAGCCCAGAGGCAUUACUGCAUGUCAAUAUGCAGCUACCGUCAGAUGCCUGCCUGCAUAACAUUCCACUGAUAGCAAUUAUUGUUUUAUGAAGGAAAAAUGUGAAUUAGGGUGUAAUAUUUAUUUAAUCUCUAAUUUUAUAAUGAUGGAAAGGUUGAGUGUUGGAGCAACAUUUCAAAGAUUUUCUGCCAAGUUUUGCAUAUGGCAUUUUUUUUUCUUUUUUUGCAGUGCAUGUGAAAAGAUGUCAUGAGUGAUCUGUAUGCAACUAACUAAAUUAUUUAAUGGAAAGAAGUAAUAUGGUUACAGCACAGCAGAAACAAUUACUGUUAAGUCAUAUAUUUUCUUCAGUAAUUACUUGAAGAGGUAAAGAAAUUUUAAAACUGUCUUUUGUCCUGAAAUGACCAGAAAAGUUAAAUAUUUUCUGACUUCAUUUACAUGAAGACAGCAGUUAAAAAUCUGUUAGCAAUAAAAAAAUAUAUAUAAUUUCCAGUUCAUGUCCUGCUCUGUCCAGUGGAAAGUUUGAAAGCAAUUCCAGAAACUGCUGAAUAUGUUGAAUUCAUUCUUUACAGGGGAAAACCAUGUUGUUAACUGGUUUGCUUGCAUAUAAAGCUGCAGUCAACAUUCCUAAGUCAAAAUUAUACAUAGUGCCUGUGACAGAGGCAAAAUGAUAAAAGAAAGCAGAAAAGAUUAUUUUAACAAGGUUAUUAAAGAUUGUUUAACUAAACAGUAUAUGUGCUUGUGGCAUAUACAGUAAUGGUGACAUUGUACAUAAAAGGUGACACAUGGCUGUUAGAAGAUUGUUUAGCUAAAGAGCAUAUAUGUUUGUGUUACAGAAUAUUGUUUAGCUAAAGAGCAUACAUGUUUGUGGUAUAUUCAAUAAUAGAGAUAUACUACAUACAAAAUUACCACCUGUCACAUACAAUGUCAUUGUUUAACUACUAACAUAUUCUUCAGACCACAGCAAAAAAAUAGGUUUAAUAGCGUUGAUCUUCCCCGGGUAAAAUGCAUAUGUCCUUUUAGUUAGGAUAGGACACCACCGCUAAUAGUGACAAUGUGCAACAGGCAUUUCCAGAAUCCUAAAUUUUAUAUACCGCCACACAGAUCCAAUAAAUAGUUCAUGCAGGACUACGUGGUCAAGUAUGCGGCAGUCCAGUAAUGCCUAUCCUUCAGGAGCACUUACACUUUGCAUAUGCCCAUCAAGUAUGCCAGUGUGGACACUACAGCAAAUGGGGGCUCAUUGUUCACAUAUACCUUAAAGUACUCAACUUGUCACGAAUCACCCUUCUCAAGCAUAUAUACACGGGAAUGAGUCACACCCAGAUGUUACUUAUGCCCAGCCCCACAGCAGUGGCACCUGUAUCCCGCCCAAAGCCGUGCGGUGCUCCCAUUGGUCAGCUGGGCACAGGAGCCUGGGAAGCACCAAAGGCGUCUUGUGUUGAAAAGGCGUUACUAAGUGUGCAGCGCGCUCGGAGAACUAAUUCAGUCUUACUGUGCCAACCCACCAAAUGAAUGGGUGUCUUCAGUCGUUCUGGCGGUGGCAGCAGCAGUGGCAGCGUGACUGCUCCAACAAAUGCUGACUUUGUGACAGAGGCUCAAGUCAUUUUGAACAAAGCCUUCAGGAAACUAUGGCUUAGGAGAAGCACAACAGGCAGAGAGGCUGAGACGGAGCAAGAGAUGAGUUUCCACAAAGAGGAUGGGGUCACCCUGUGCCAGAAGGCGCUACAGAUUGUUAAUGACCUCUGCCUGGGAGGGCAGGUGGAUUGGGAAAAAUGUUCCGGCAUAUUUCCUUUGGACAGGACCAAGACAGGUAGAACCAACGCAGAUCUCUCGGUCAGUCUGCUUGCUGUAGUCGUCAGUUUUUGUGGGCUUGCCCUGUUGGUAGUCUCUUUGUUUGUCUUUUGGAAGCUGUGUUGGCCUUUCUGGAGAAGCAAACCUCUAACCUGCCAUGCAAAUAACAUCGUUCCAAGUACAGUACCGUGUGGUCCAACAGAGGUGGUGGAAACAGAUGAGAAAAAGGAAAUCAAGCAAAAUGGGAAGCCUGCUGUACAACUCAGUGAGGCUGCUUUGAAGAUCAGCCACACCUCCCCAGAUAUCCCAGCGGAGGUCCAGAAUGCAAUGAAGGAGCAGGUCAUUAAGCAGCCUCGUGUACAGCGGCAAACGACAGAGCCAGCCUCUUCAUCAAGGCACAACUCAUUUAGGAGACACUUACCAAGGCAAAUGCAUGUAUCCAGUGUUGACUUCAACAUGGAUGGAUUGCAAAGGGGAGAAACAACAACCAGCAUCGGUCGCAUCAAACCAGAACUAUACAAGCAGAAGUCAGUGGAUUCAGAAGACAACACAAAGGAAAAUGUACCAACUUGUGGAAAACUUAACUUCAAUCUCCAAUAUGACUAUGAAAAUGAAGUCCUGGUUGUGAAAAUUAUUAAGGCCUUAGACUUGCCUCCAAAAGAUUUAACAGGAACUUCAGAUCCAUAUGUAAAAAUCUAUCUUCUUCCAGACAGAAAAAGGAAGUUUCAGACUAGGGUACAUAGGAAGACCCUUAACCCAACCUUUGAUGAAACCUUUCAGUUCCCUGUUUUGUACGACCAGAUCAAUAACAGGAAGUUGCAUUUCAGUGUGUAUGACUUUGACAGGUUCUCCAGACAUGACAUGAUUGGGGAAGUUAUUGUGGAGAACUUAUUUGACAUUUCUGAUCUCUCCAGAGAAACAUCAGUGUGGAAGGACAUUCACUGUGCCACGGCAGAAAGUAUAGAUCUUGGGGAGAUCAUGUUUUCACUUUGUUAUCUGCCAACUGCUGGAAGAAUGACAUUAACAGUUAUCAAGUGCAGAAACCUGAAGGCCAUGGAUAUCACUGGCUCCUCAGAUCCUUAUGUGAAAGUGUCACUAAUGUGUGAGGGCAGAAGGUUGAAGAAACGGAAAACGACUACAAAAAAGAGCACACUGAACCCCGUUUACAAUGAAGCUAUCAUUUUUGAUAUUCCUCCAGAGAACAUGGACCAGGUCAGCCUUUCCAUUGCUGUGAUGGAUUAUGAUCGUGUAGGCCAUAAUGAGGUAAUUGGGGUUUGCAGAGUUGGACUUGAUGCAGAAGGUCUGGGGCGAGAUCACUGGAAUGAAAUGCUGGCUUAUCCCCGAAAGCCUAUAACUCACUGGCACCCACUAGUAGAGUUGCCUGGCCAAGCAACAAGUUUUGACAGUCAAGGAUCCUGCCCUUCUCCCAAAUCUUCUCUUACACCCUGAAAGAUUAUCCAAUGACAUCAAAACAAUCGGGCAAACACAUCAUGUCACCAUAUCUGAUCUGCUGAAUAUGGCAUGUCAACAAAGAAAUAUUGUCAAUUUCAUUUUUCAUUUCUGCCUCCUUGAAAAAUACUUUUGAAGAGGUAUAUGCUGCCUGAAGCUAACGUUGGUUUUCUACACAUCUUUGUUUAUAUUUGUAAAUUAGAUUGUUACCUUCUUGAUGUGGCGAUGUGUAACAGUACUGUUUUAGCUGACACAUCUUGCUCAGUUUCUGCUGUUAAAAAGAAAAGUGUGUUUAUUAUGGAUGGUGUCACACCUACUCAGUGACUGCUUGGGUUGUUAGUGUUACAGUUUAAGUGCUGACGUUGUGAAAGAAAUGCAGCGAGGUGUUAAUGGCAGCUUAAAAUUCAGCAUGAUGCAAUGGUAAAAAGAAACAAUUAAAGUGCAAAAUGAAAGGUACUUUACAAAGGUAAGCAGACUACUGCUGAAAAUUUGUAGCAUUUUCCUACAUGCAGUUUUAUGUGCCACAAAAUUUUGAUAUAACUGAGGAUGUUGUUGUGUGUGCAUUGUAUUUUGUGUUUAAAGUAAUUUGAGUGUUGCUUUCUACUACAAGUUUCACAAUGUGAGAUUUUCCUUUCUAUUACAAGUUUCACAAUGUGAGAGUUAUCAACUGGUGAUAAACUCUAGAACCCUUCUUACAUGCAAGUGUAUGUUUUGGUGCUAAAUAUUUACCUUAAGAAAGGGAUUUAAUUUUUUGGUGGUCAGUCAAACUGACUCCAGCCACGGAGCAAUCAUAUUCUGAAUUCCACUUUAAGUAGAGAGCAAAAUUCUCAGUCUGAUACUGAUUUCAAGUCAUGUUUUAUUUUAUAUAAUCCUGCAUUUCCAAAAUUUGCUGAAAUCAACAAGGAAAUAAGGGGUAAACCACACCGAUUUCCAUAUAUAGGCUAUGCAAGUUUAGAUGUGUAAUGUAUAGCAGUACUUUUUUAGCUGGUAGUAUGUUUCUUCAGAUUGCAAAAGAGAUUAGGAAUGGAAGCAGAUAAACUAAAACAAGAAAAAAUAUUUAAAAAAUAUAUAAAGAAAGACAACAUGCAUUGAAACAAAAUUAUUUAGCUAGACAUAUCUUCCAUUGCAGCUGUUUGUAUACAUAAAUUCAUAAAAGACAGAACUAAAAUAACAAAUUGUGAAAUAAAACAGUAUGUGCUUCCUAGCAGUAUUAACAAAUGUUUUACUCAGCAGUAUAGUUUAAAUCAUCUAUUAUUUUUAGUGAUUUAACAGUAUUAAUUGGUAAAUGAUAACAUAAUUUCCCAGUUUUGGUCCAAUGUUAUAAUCU